ACAAGAAAAUAAUUGGUGGGCAACAGCAGGUUGGUUUUUUGGAGUCGCAGGGAAUUCCUGGCCUUUCCAUGAUGGGAGAAAGGACUGAUGGUCCCACGGCUCAUAACUCCCUGGCUGAGUACAGCCCUGUCGAUAAAUCGGACAAGACAGAUCCCAGCGACAGCUCUGAAAUGCCUGAUGGAAACCAAAACACAAUGCAACUGAAGAAAGAAAUAUCACUGCUAAAUGGGAUAAGCCUUAUAGUAGGCAACAUGAUUGGUUCAGGUAUCUUUGUGUCUCCCAAAGGAGUUCUCAUCUACAGCAAAUCUUACGGAUUGUCUCUAAUAGUUUGGGCAAUUGGAGGGAUUUUCUCAGUCUUUGGAGCUCUCUGCUAUGCUGAACUCGGAACCACUAUUACCAAGUCUGGAGCCAGCUAUGCUUAUAUCUUGGAGUCUUUUGGAAGCUUCAUUGCUUUUAUUCGUUUAUGGACCUCGCUCCUAAUUGUCGAGCCAACCAGUCAGGCCGUCAUUGCCAUCACCUUUGCUAACUACCUAGUUCAACCUUUCUUCCCUUCUUGUGAUCCUCCAUAUUUUGCUUGCCGCCUCAUAGCAGCUGCUUGUGAAUGUCUUCUAACAUUUGUAAAUUGUGCCUAUGUUAAGUGGGGAACACGGGUCCAGGAUAUAUUUACUUAUGCUAAAGUCAUUGCUCUUAUUGCCAUCAUCAUAACUGGACUUGUUAAAAUCUGCCAGGGACACUCAGCACAUUUUGAGAACUCUUUUGAGGGAUCCUCUUUUGAUAUUGGAGACAUUUCCCUUGCCCUCUAUUCUGCCUUGUUCUCUUACUCUGGUUGGGAUACGCUCAAUUUUGUAACAGAAGAGAUCAAAAACCCGGAAAGGAACUUGCCCCUGGCUAUUGCUGUGUCUAUGCCAAUCGUGACUGUUAUCUACAUUAUGACCAACAUAGCUUAUUACACAGUGCUGGAUGUUAAUGCUGUUCUUUCUAGUGAUGCGGUGGCAGUGACGUUUGCUGACCAGGUGUUUGGUAUCUUCAGCUGGACAAUCCCCAUUGCUGUAGCCUUUUCUUGUUUUGGUGGACUUAAUGCUUCAAUUCUAGCAUCAUCAAGGCUGUUUUUUGUGGGAUCUCGGGAAGGCCACCUUCCUGAUCUGUUGUCCAUGAUCCACAUAAAGAGGUUCACACCUGUGCCUGCACUGCUCUUCAAUUGUAUUAUGACCCUCAUCUACCUGGCUGUAGAAGAUGUUUUUAAGCUUAUUAAUUACUUCAGUUUCAGUUACUGGUUUUUUGUUGGUCUGUCGAUUGCUGGACAAUUGUAUCUACGUUGGAAGGAACCAGAUCGACCUAGGCCUCUAAAGCUGAGUGUGGCUUUCCCAAUAAUAUUCUGUAUAUGCUCAGUAUUUCUGGUGGUAGUACCACUCUAUAGCGACACAAUAAAUUCGUUGAUUGGAAUUGGCAUUGCUUUGUCCGGAAUUCCAGUCUAUUUUUUGGGAGUCUAUUUACCUGCAUCUAGGAGACCUGCUUUUAUCAACAAGCUUUUAGGUGCAGUUACACGAAACAUGCAGCUGCUCUGUUACUGUGUGUUAACAGAGAUGGACACAAACGAAGAAAAGAAGUCAGAAAUCAAAUCKAACUAAAACUGCAAAGUCAUGACAAGAAGCAGGAGGGAAGAUAAAGCAGUUAUUACAAUGAAAGGGAAGAAACGCAACUGGAAAAACGGAAAAACUGGCUCCAGUGUCUUUCAGAAAUACUGAACAUGUGCUUAUGUGCAGUUGGAACAGAUAUUCACCCAGAUGUCAUCCUCCUAAACUGUGGCAUUUUUCAGGGCAUGUUCUCCUUAGCUGAUCAUUAGCUACAUAUUUUGGGCACAUAAGCAAUGCCUCGAUACCAUUCAGGAAUGGUAUUAGAAUGGUUAAGAAGGAGAGUUGGAUUUCUAAAUUGGAGCUAAUGGAUCAAAUUAGUUUUAUGCGGACCUAGACAAUGGAAUAACAUUUUCUCAAGUUACACUGAAAACCACUUUGAGGUAAAAGACUAAAAGUCAUUUCCAGCUCAAUUCUGAUGAAUGCUUGCAUGAAAUGAUCUGCCAUCUCAGUUCUUAUUCCAGGAGACAACUGGUCACUACAAACAAAAUUAYUGGCAGGAAAAGGAAAACCAUUUAUGCUACGGUUUAAAAUGGUUUAAAGACUGAAGCACCUUUUCUUCCUUAAACCUAGGCAUUUCAUUUUGUAUACCAUACUGAAGUGUGGUAUCUUCUGUUGCAAGGAUUUAAUCAACUUUCAUGAGAUUGAAAUUCCUUAGCACUAAAGAUUUGAUUAACAUUUGAUUAUGCAUGGAUUCUUCCCUGCUAGCUUGUAAAUACUUGGUCAUCUUCUGACAAGUCUGUUUUGGAACUUUCA